UUGUGAAAUUCAGACGCUACGAAACUACAACGACGUCAAAAAUGCAGACGAAGUUCUAGAAGCUGGCGCCAACGCCGAAGGAGACGACGAAGACAUAACAGUUAUGAUUGAGCAGAGAAGCAAAGUAGAUACAGAAGAAAUAGAAAAAGUGCGUGAAGAAGAAAACGAACUAAAUAUACUGAGACCAGAAAAUGAAAACCUAAAGAAACAGUUAGAAAUGUUUAAAUUAUGUUCAGUUGACAAAAACGAAAGAGCUAGUGAUGCUUUUGAACAUCAAAAGUGGCAACCUGGAGAACCAUUUGGUUUAUAUUUCAACGAAAAAUUAGUUUUGGCCAAUAAAUUAACGAUUGAUGAAGAUUCACUUAUUGAAUAUAUAAUUGAUGGUAUACCUAAUCGUCAAAUAAAAAAUCAAGUGAUUAUGCAAAAAAUUGAUGACAAAGAGAAUUUACUUCGAACAUUAGCUGAUGUGGAGCUCAAGAUGCCGGCAAGUCGAAAUUCAGAGGCUGCCCCAAACAACGCUAUGAAGGAAAAAAGAGAUGACUACAAAAAGGGAGAACGUUGUUACAACUGCAACAGUGUCGGUCAUUAUGCGGCUGAAUGCAACAAACAGAAACGUAAGCCUGGAUCGUGUUAUGCCUGUGGAAGCGCAGCUCAUACUGUCAACGACUGUUUGAUGAAUAAGAAGAAGAAGACCCCAACGCAAAAUGAUUAUAAUGUUUGAUUGAUUCCGGCAGCCCCAUUGUUUCAUGCA